AUGACCGAACCAACCUUCAAGCAAUUCGACAUCGUUUCCGAUCACUCAGACCACAACUACAGCAAGGAGGAAAAGCAAGGGCAGGGGAAGAAGAACAACAAAAGCGGAGAUGGAGAUUGUUUCACCAACAGUGGCAGUACUGUAUACAAGAAGAUCAUGCGUGAGUGGAAAAUUUUGGAGAAUGGUCUCCCGGACACAAUCUAUGUGCGCGUGUACGAGAAGCGCGUCGACCUGAUGAGGGCGGUGAUUGUCGGAGCAGCCGGCACACCUUACCACGAUGGCCUCUAUUUCUUUGACAUUAAGUUUCCGACUAACUAUCCGAACCGCCCGCCUCAAGUCCAUUACCGGUCGCACGGGUUAAGUACGAACGAGCACCUAGGGGUGAACGGACAUAUCUGCUUGAGCCUUCUCAACACCUGGAUUGGUUGGGGUAAGGAGCGGUGGGUUCCAUCUCAGUCGACGAUUCUCCAAGUUCUUGUGUCAAUCCAGGCGUUCGCUCUCAAUGCCAAGGCCGAGUACCUCUCUGACAACGAGGUUGCUUUUAUAAACAAAUGCAUAUCGACGGUGUAUUUGCUCCGAAAUCCUCCAAAGAAUUUUGAGGGAUUCAUUGCUGGACAUUUUCGUAGUAAAGCACCUGACAUAUUGAGAGCCUACAUCGCUUAUGCAAAUGGGCGCGUGCUUGUAGGGCACUACAACAAUGAGACAGAGGUGGCAUGCCUUACUGCGGAAAAUAAUUCACGUUACUAUGUUCCCGAGACAUUCAAGGACCGGAUGGAGGAGCUGUACCCAGUACUCGUCCAGGCUUUUAAAAAGAAUGGGUUUUCUGCAGAAGAUUGGGUGGAGGAGGACUUGAUUGUGGAGAGGAAACCCUUGAAGCCCUUCUCAUGGCACGCGCGCAAGUGUUUUUUAGCUUGUCUGCCUUGUUUACCAUGGGUGGCUAAUGAUGAUGAUGAUGAUGAUCGUGAUGAGUCAUUAUUGACAAGCAAAGGCAAAUUAGAUUGA